AUGUCACACGGUGUCCGCCGCGUCCAAGGACGGUUCACAACCUCCGCCUCCUCCGAGGCCUACCAGCGACAGUUACUCGCGCCUGUCAAGCAGUGGCGACGCGGAUGGGUCCAGCCCGCUGGCUUACCCGAAGGAAGCACGUACAAAGUAUGCAAGUGGCAGCGGGUUGACGAGAUGGCAGCCUCCCCAUUCGACGACGAGGAGAUGGAACCCGAGACGGACUCGGACGAGGAGCACACCGAAGCUCCCACGGCUGGCGUCACGCCUGCGCCCCUGACCGAGACGCCAGCACCCGAGAAGGUGGCUGCCACGCCUGCAGAGAACAAGGACACACCCAAGCCGAAGGAGGGUGAGGAAAUACGCGUGGAGGAGGUUGUGAUCGACGUCGUCAUGGUUGAUGUGUCUGGGCCGGUGCCGGCCGCGCCGGCGGCCGAUAUGCCGGAGGCGACGAUCACGGAGCUCCCGGACGACCCAAAGGAGGCCACGCCAGGAGAGGGGGUUCAGGCUGAGCCGGCGGCCGUCACGCCCAUGUUGGAUGAGCUGCCCAUACCCGCCGCGCCAGUGGAGGACAAGGCGGCGGCGCCCGUGGAGGGGUCUGGGGAGUCUGAGUCUGCGGUGGUGGUCGAGGCCAAAGCUGACACGCCCGUGGCAGCGACGCCAGCGGCUGAGGCCAAAGCGACAACACCUGUUGCUGAAGCUGCGGAGACGCCGGCAGCAGUAGUCGAGACAACACUCGAGGCACCCGUAGCGGCGGUCGAGGCCAAGGUUGAGACGCCCGCGGAGGCCGUUGAGGCCAAGGCGGAGACCCCAGCGGCCGCAACUCCCGCGGAGGCCGUCGAAGCGAAGGCGGAAACACCAACUGCCGAAGCCGAGGCCACACCGCCUGUCGUCGAGGUUGCGCCGGCCGAGGCCAUGGCCGUGACUCCCGUCGUAGAGGCGGCGCCGGCAGAGCCUGAGCCCGAGACCGAGGUCAAGGCGACCGAGGUCACAGAGGGGGAGGCAGUGACGGAGAAGGUCGAGGCACCGGCUGAGGAGAAGGUCGAGGAGGAGCAGGAGAAGGCGUUCGAGGCUGUGGAGAAGGUCGAGGUUGUGGAGGAUAAGGUCAAUGAGCCUGCCGCGCAGCCGGUCACGGCGUCUGUCGAGAUGGCCGAGCCGGCCGCGCCCGUCGACAAGGUCGAGGUCGGGGAGAAGGCGGAUAAGGCGAUGGAGACGGACGUGGUUGAGCCUGCUCCAGCGGCUCCCUCACCUCCCUCACCUCCAGAGGUGACCGAGACGGCCGAGACAAUCGAGGAGAAGGCUAAUAUGGGGACGGAGGUUAAUGUAGAACAGACUGAGGAGGCAACAGAGACGGAGAGCAAGCCCCCGGCGGAAGAAGCACCAACCGAGCCAGCGCAGCCCGCCGACCAACAAGACGCCGACGGAGACGUCAAGAUGGCCGAGGCGUAG